AUGAUAGUUUCCCGACGGAUUCCAGUUCUCGCUUACCUAUUUCUCAGUUGCCUCAUCGCCCUCUACGCCUUCAAAUUUCACCUCUCCACCCUAGUUGAUGGUAUUAUUUUUAACAAUGAAGACGAUCCAACACCAUUUGACUUUGCAUUAAGCUUUCAGUUGAAGCCAGAGCUACCCGAUGAGCUCCCGGCUCCAAAUGUUUUAGUUCUCGUGACAACUAUUGCUUCGGAAUUUGAAAUGAGAAAUCAAGUCAGAAAAUCAUGGGCUAAUUAUACAAGUAAUGCAGUUAGAGUCAAGUUUUUGAUGGGAAUUCCGGCCGAUAAGCAACUCCCACUGAUCCAGAAAGAAAGUCAAGAAUUCAAUGAUUUAAUAAUAGCGGAUUUAGAUGAAGGCUAUUAUAGUUUAGCGUCAAAAACCAUGGCAAUGCUUAUUUAUAAAACUAGGUACUACCCGGACACCAAAUGCCUUGUUAAAGCUGACGUGGACAAUGUUCUAAUUCUUCGAAAUUAUGAGCGACUUUGCGAAGAAGCAGUUGCCCCUCUAAUUCUGGGAAAAUGCGAUGUAUCUAGAACGGUACUACGGAAUACCACAAAAUGGGCCGUGCCAGAAUUUGUGUAUUCCGAGCCAGUUUACCCGACUUAUUGCUCCACGGGAACUUAUGUGUUGGCUGGGAAAACUGUGCCGCAGAGUCUUAUCAAGGAAGCUAUGAGUAGCCCAUUUGCAAAUUCCUUGAACUUCAGAAAACUCUCGGAAGAUGUGAUAUUCACGGGAAUUCUCGCCGAAAAAGCCGGAAUAAAACGCCGUCAUAUCAAUGGGCUCUCGUUUUUCGAGAUUCCCGAAUUCUUUUGUCGAAAUGGCUUCAAAACGACGUACAGUACCCAUUUGUUGAGUGAUAAGAAUCCUGUCAAGAAUUUCUAUAAACUCAUGAAAAUCGAGGGAGUUCUAUGCAGGUGGUGGGAUCCGUAUGCGGUUCGGAGGUGGCGAUCUUGAUGGAUUUUUUUGAGAAUUGCUCAAUUUUUUAAAUAUUUUUCUAAUUUUGAUUGGGUCGAAAAAAUGACGGGUUUUAUCGAUUUUUAGAUUUAUUUUAAAUAAAUUUUUUUCAA